AUGAAUGAAACUACAGACAAACUUAACUCUUCUCUUAUUCUUCCUUUCAGCAAAGAUUAUGAAUUCUGUUCAAAUGGCGUUUAUUUCUAUUGUGGAAAGAUGGGGUCAGGAAAGACAUUUAAUCUCAUUCGUCAUAUUCUUAUAACAGAACGUUUAGGAAAUGACUCAUAUUAUGACCAAAUCAUUAUAUCAGUAACUUCAGACUCUAUGGACUCAACAGCGAAAACAUUUAUGUCAAAAGUUCAAGCCUCUGUCGUUAAAGUUCCAGAUAGUGAACUCAUUGAAUUUCUUCAACGUUACAUUCGACGUAAGAGAAAAUAUUAUGCCAUCGUAGAGUUCAUACAGUCAGGAAUGCAAAAGACUUCUGAGGAGAUGGAAAGAAUUAUUGACAAACACCACUUACGUCAAUACUCAGGAGUUUACGAUAUGAAACGACUUACAAACUACAUUCUGUCAAAACUUUCAAAAUACCCCUUCAAAAAAUAUCCAUCAAACACUUUAUUAGUUUGUGAUGAUUUCGCUG